GCGCACGGGGUACCGCCAGCGCUAAGCAUUGGGCCACGCCAAUCGCGGCUCCACCGUCUCUGCCAUCCGCCCUCUUGCGCAGCCAAUCCUGGGCCGCAGCAGUCCCGUGGCCUCCCACUUCGCCUUUUCGCACUUGGACCUUCCGCCUUCUCUUUCGGGGCUUUGCUGCGUUUGGAUGUUAUAAGAUCGCCUCCUCCUUCUCCUUCUCUUUUCUUCUUGUCCUCCAUUCUCCCUCAAGACAAAAGACAUCACAGACGGCUACGAUUGCAGAUCCCGCAACAUUUGAAGCUACAGCUCUCCCUCCAACUGCGCUUUGCACCAGACACGUCACACGACACCGGGAAGCACGGCCUGACAUCACCGCCAUUGCUAUAUCGCCAUAGUUGUUUCCCACCUUAUGAUCGACUCUCUCUAAACUCCUCCCGAACCUCAAGAUCACAAUCACUCCAUCAACCUCAGCCGUAAUGGAUGUCACACCGAGUCUCUCACGGUCCUCCUCGACCUCGUCUCGCAACAAGUCCAACCUCAGCCUGGACCUCUCCAACCUCCCGCCACUCGUCCAGCCGACGCCUCCCUCGAACACGCUCAUCUUCACAAACCUGAACAACACCGACAUCUUCCUGCCCGAGAACCUACAGACCAUUCGCGAGCUCAUCGAGCACACGGCACCCAUACACUCGUUUGCGCCGCUCAAGUCGUUCCGCCGCAUCAUCGUCUCCUUCUUUGACGUCGAUGCCUCAUUAGCGGUGCGCCAGGUCUGGGACGGCGAGGCCGUCAUGGGCGAGCGCAUCAAGCUCUACUUUGGCCAGCCCACGCCGAUUGAGACCAAGCCAGAUCACCUGGAGCUGCCCGACGCCGGCAAGCUGUUCUUCAUCUCGCCGCCCCCCAGCCCUCCCCACGGCUGGGAGAUGCGCCUCGAGGACGCGCCCAACAAGCAAGUCCACGCCGACGACCUCGCCGAGGCCCUGGCCAAGCUGCACCACCGCCCCGUGCCUACUUACGACUCGCCCGUUACCCCGACCGACGGCGGUGUUCCCAACUUUGGCACCCGGAGUCGCAGCUCAACGCUCAUCUACCAGCCAGACGCAGAGACGAGCCCUGGUAUCCCCGCAGUCUUUGUCGAGGAUAUGACGGAUGGGCCGACGAUGAGCCCCAUUGAGGUCUCGAAGCCCAUCAUGGCCCAGACUGCGCGACCUCCCGUUGAGCUGAUGCACGACGCGUAAAGGAGGUUCUGGACACGGUGAUACGACGGAUGGUGAACAUAAUAAU